GAGGUUGUCUUUUCGGAAGAGGUGGGUGGGAGUGGGGCAGGGCAAGAAAGUAACAAUCAUACCCGAUAUUCAGAGCGCCGGAGAUAGAAGCGGCGGCAGCCAUAAAGUGGAGAAUUUCCAUCCAUUUGCUGUCUCCUUCGCUACCGCUCCGUGGGGUCAACAUUAGGAAAUUUGCCAGGUUCAGUUCUGACUAUAGCUGCAACCUAUCUCAUAUUUGGCCGCCCUCGAUCACAAACUCGAAAUUUUGGAAGAGAAAGUCAAGAAAGAAUUUCGGGCUAGGUUCAAGGUAUGCCCAAAGGUAUGCCAGUUGAUUGAAAAAGAAAGUCAACUUUCAAGAUUCAAGAUUAGGUAAGUGUUCAGUGUACUAAGGUACAAGAUCGAAAAAAAAAGCGCGGAUAGCAAAUUCCUUAGGCUAGAUAGAGUGGUGGUUGUAAAUUACUAGGUAGCCUAGCUCGGCCCAAGCAAGGCCCAAAAGCCCCAUGCCUUUCUUGGUCGGACCAACCCAACCGGCGAUUUCCGACAAGUCUUUCUGAAUUGGAAGAGCAAGAAGCGGAACUAGAAGAAAACUUUCUUUCUCUUUAUGGAUAACCAAUUCAUUUUCCAAUUCUCCUUCUAAUUCAUCUUCCCCGGUGGAUUUAGGUUUAUCUCUGAGGUCCCACGAAGGUUCGACUAGUAGCACUCUGUCGGACGCCAAUUCGGGUGAUAUUACUAGCACUCAAGUUUUGAGUGAUAUCACCGCUCUUUUUGAGCAACGAAUGGAAGUGGGAAAGAAUUAACACCAGAAUGGAGUCCAAUAGAGUUCUGCCAAGCGGUUUUUGGGGAAGAAGCGGUGAAUGACCUAUCUUUAUUGAAAGACAUCUAUUGUGAUCUAGCGGACCAUGGAAUGCGUCGUUGGUAUUGGGAACCAGCUUGGGACUUUCUAAAUCUCAUUAGCAAUAGUCCAGGAAUGACAUAGCCUUCCUGUGCAAUGGGUGUCUUAACGUACGUUGUAAGGUGGUUUUUUCUAAAGCGGCAUUCUCCCUUCUAUCUAUCAACAAUUGAAUUAUGGAACUUUCUCCCCGAGCUGCGGAACUAACGAGUCUGAUCAAUAGAGUCCGUCAUUUUUUCUAUUCCUUCCUACUGCUGCGCACCUCUAUUAUGUGCUUUUAUUAUAUUUGCCUGAAACUCGAGAAAAUAGAGUUGUUUGAGACCAAAUGUUAUAGAGUUGGGGGCUCUCUGGGGAGGCACACCUUCACUUCCUUCUUAAUGAAGGGGUUCCCCGGGAGUCUGACCUUGUCCUUUCUUUUAAUUGUCGGGGCCGUCAUGAGUGCCGAAACCGAUUUCGGUAAGAUGAUGAUGGCUCCUUCGGGCGCAUCAAGCUCUGAAGAUCCAAACUGGACGGAAGCCCUGAGAUCUUCUAAAGGGCAGGGAGAGACUUCAGAAAGGGAAAGCACAGGCACAUCGUCGUCCAUCAACCUACAAAAAGAAAGAGCACGUCCGGCGCCUGCCCCAAAUGAAGUAGCUUCCCCUGCCCCUGUCGUCCCCUUUCCAUAUCAAGAAGAUGAGAUCAUAGGGGGCGACAGUGUAGAAAGCAUCCAAAGAGCGGCCUUUGAGUUUGAGGAGAAAAACCCCUCCUUCUGCCGAGGUCAUACAUCAUACAACAGGCCCGAAUUGAAGCCGAAGACCUAUUCGAGGUCAAGGUCGAUAUUUUCAGGGUCAUGUCUGGCCUUGAUCCAGAAGGAGAUUGGCUGGGACGGGGAGCUCGGGCCCUCGAGAAUCCGCGUACCGCCACGGGAGAGCAUUCCUUGGAGAAACUCCAUACCCUUCUUUCGGAUCUCGAAUCGAGGGGAGUCAAUUCCGAGUCCUUCUCUCAAUUAAAAGGGAAGGUACCCCUGCGAAGGGGUGGGGACGAACACUCUACCACAUAGUGGAGUGGAUAGCUAGGACUACUAAAAUGGAGAUCGUGUACAACAACAAUCCUAUAUUUGAUGUCGAUUCAUCCACACUUCCAUUCCUUGUAGAGGAAGGCUAACUGCUUGCUGGCUGGGAGCUGUAUGAGCGGUAACGUCCACGUACGGCUCCGUGAGAAGGGCGGUGGACAGAAAUGGCCUUGUUGUACCUCACUCUCGUCUUCAAUGGGGUCUGCUCUUUCUUUUUUGGGAGAGUAUGCCAAUAUGAUCUUAAUGAGGUGCGGGGCUUUGCAUCUGACAUUCGUUGGGCUUCUCUCUUCGGGAGCCUGCGCCCCGGCCUUUUUGUGCAAUAAACCCCUCCGGCCGAAGACUAGUGGUAGGUGGUCCUGCGGAGCUUUCGGAAAAGGGUAGCCUUGUGUGUAAGCACAGCAAUGAACCGCGGCGAACCCUCAGACGACCUAUCUAAGAUUAGGGGGGGAUCCUCAGUAGUGGUGACCCUUUCACUCUUCCACGGACUGAUACAUGUACCGAAUGCUCAUACGGGAAAGUUGACUCCUGGGUCUGGAACCUGGGGGGUUGCUCCGAGAAAUCCUUUCUUUCUCGUCCACUCA